AUGCGUCCGAUCCCUGUUAUGUAUGCGGACCUAUGCGUCCGUAUUCUUUGUCUUAUGUAUGUGGGUCUAUGCGUCCGUAUCCCUUGUUAUGCAUUUUGUGUCUAUACGGUUAAUAUAUGUGAUUCUAUGCGUCCGGAUCCCUGUUAUGUAUGUGGACCUAUGCGUCCGUAUUCUUGUCUUAUGUAUGUGGGUCUAUGCGUCCGUAUCCCCUUGUUAUGCAUUUGUGUCUAUACGGUUAAUAUAUGUGAUUCUAUGCGUCCGGAUCCCUGUUAUGUAUGUGGACCUAUGCGUCCGUAUUCUUGUCUUAUGUAUGUGGGUCUAUGCAUCCGUAUCCCCUUGUUAUGCAUUUGUGUCUAUACGGUUAAUAUAUGUGAUUCUAUGCGUCCGGAUCCUGUUAUGUAUGUGGACCUAUGCGUCCGUAUUCUUGUCUUAUGUAUGUGGGUCUAUGCAUCCGUAUCCUUGUUAUGCAUUUGUGUCUAUACGGUUAAUAUAUGUGAUUCUAUGCGUCCGGAUCCCUGA